GACUUGUAGUUACUAGUUAGCCUGCGUGUAGACAUUCCAAAUUGAAAUUGCAAAUUGAAAUCGGCACCGAAAAAAUUUAUUUGGCUGAGCACAUGCACAAGGAGUCAUUCAUAUGUCAGCAUGUCCGACUACGAAGAAUAUGAAUACGAUGAAAAUGUUGCUCGCAAUAUUAGCCCGGAAAGACAAAGCUCUUACGAAGGCAGUAAUGUUUCUUCUACAUUGGAGUCAAAUCAUGCAAGUGAUGAUGAAGAGAACAGCCAUAGUACUGUACAUAGGAAGAAAAGUGAUCAAGCUGGAUUUCAUAGUGGAGAGACUCGUGAUGAAGAUAAAGAUGUUGAGGUUGAAGGCAGCUGCUGGUAUAACCGUUGCUGCUUUUCCUUCUUUACUUUUGACCCAGAGCUUAUGGAAUCAAAGCCGAAAGAUAAUGACAACAUAAGGGGGAAUUGUAAAAAGUGUCUCAAGCCAUGCAGUGGACAGGUUCGAUCAACAACCAACUGGGUGAGGCAUAUCAAGCAGCACCCAGACUUAUAUGAUGAUUAUAAGAAGAAGAAGAAGGAAAGAAAACAAGCUAGAGAUAGUGUGACUGUGUCAUCCAAAACGGUUGCUGCCAGAAAGAAAAGAGUAGCUGUUCGUCAAUCUCUCCUGAAUUUUUCGUCAUCCAAGGCCCCAUCAAAGCUAUCUAAAUUGGAACAGAGCAAAAUUGAUGCUGUUAUUGUGAACCUCAUAAUAACGAAAGCCUUUCCACUUAACACCGUCAAUGAUCCAGCUUUCAUUGCCCUUAUCAAUGGUCUUAACCCAAGAGCUAAUGUUAUGGGUGCCAAAAAGUUAAGGUCACUUAUCGACGAAGAGAAACGAAAAUUCGAAAAGGAAGUUACUAGUGCCCUUGCAGCUGCAAAAUAUGUGUGUUUAACCGCAGAUAUGUGGUCAACAUCACAUCGAGCAUGGAUUGGCAUCACUGCUCACUGGCUUGAAGAAAACAAUUUGACAAGAAAAUCAGAAGCUCUAUGCUGCAAGAGAAUGACCGGUAGCCACACGUUCGACGUUAUCUCAAAUUUCAUUGAAAAUGAAAUAAAAAGAUUCGAUAUAAAAGGAAAAGUAUGUUGCAUCGUCACAGACAAUGGGGCAAACAUAAAGAAAGCAGUCCAGUCCAUGCAGGACGAUUACAAGGAAAGGUUGAAUGACAUCCGAUUACGUAAACUGGAAAAGGCUAAAUCUAUCCGAGAAGAAAAAAGGAAAGCCAAAAGGGCGAAAAACACACCAACUGUUGAUGUUGAAUCUGGUGAUGAUCUUGGACUCGAUGACUUCGAAGACAUGAAUCUGCAAGAUUUUAUUUACUUGGAAUUUGAUAUUGGAGAUAGUCUUGAGAGUGAACUUAUCUUCGAUGAACUAGAAGUCUCAGUGGGCAAUAUCUUGAAAACUGCAAUUUCGCAAGAAAUCGAUGAGACCGGGAUGCAAUUCAACUACAACCGAAGCACAUUGUGUGAAGACAUUCCCUGUGUUACGCAUAGUUUAUAUUUAGUAGCUACAGCUGACUUCAAAACAGUUAUCGAUAACUGCCGCUCUGGGAUAUUUUAA